AUGAUCAAAACCACCCGCCCCAUCACCACCACCCACCCCUACGGCCUCCCCGGCCUCAUCGCGCACAGCGCCCUGCGCACCAUCCAGCUCCUCAUCGCGCUCGUCAUCACCGGCAUCUACGGGCGCGACCUCGCCCACGCCAGCCAGGCGCACGAGCCCGCCGACUCGCGCUGGGUGUACGCCAUGGUCGUCGCGGCGCUGACGAUCCUUGUUUCGCUGCUCUUCCUUGUCCCCGCUGUGCGCAGCGGCCGGUUCUGGCCGGCGGAUGGCGUGCUGUUCUUUCUGUGGAUGGUGCUGUUUGCGCUCUUUGGGCGGCUGUAUAUUGGGGAGGACUGUGAGGGCAGUGGCGCGUGCCAUAGGAUGAAGACGGCGGUGUGGUUUGAUUUGGUGGGGAUGCUGCUGUGGUUGGGGAGCUUUGUGGGCGGCGCGUUCUUGUUCUGGAGGGAGAAACAUAGUCGUACGAUUUAUACGGGGCGUGGGACCGUUUAG